AUGGGGUUUUCAACACAGAAAAAGAACCAGCUUGCGACUCACGAAAGAAAACCGAUUGUCGCUCCCGAGGACGACGCGCAUCUUUUGAGCGUACUGUUCUUCUCCUGGUUACUUCCGCUUGUCAAAUUUAGUUGGCAAAACUCGCUCGAGGCGGGCUUAAUCGAACAGCAGCCGACGCAUUAUAUUACAGGCGCUGACGGCAGCCUUGCGCCCGUGGAUGAUAAUCUCAAAGCGACAAGACCAGGCAGCUGGUGGGCGGUGUCACAAGUACUCUGGCCUAGAGUGGGCCUCCAGUUCACUAUUGCAGUGUGCAUUCGAAUCUUAUCAGUAAUGCUCGCUCUCUGCUUGCCAGCUAUCUUGAAUGCACUGGUCAAUUUCGAAACAUCUUCUGUCGACAGCUCAGUGGGCGUAUGGUUGGUCGGUGCAUUAGUCUCAAGUUACCUAGGUUCGGCCGUUCUGAAUGCUCAGACCGGCCAUCUUCUCGACCAGGUCGCUCUCACGGUGCGCGUGAGCUUGGUGUCACUCAUCACCGCGAGACAACUCAAGCUCCCUGCAGAUGCACUGCAGAGCGAGUCAGAGAGAAAACGCGGAUUGACUUUGGUGACAGUUGACGCCAAGAACGUUGGAAACAGUGUCAGGGUCAUUGUCAUGAUCCUAGGUAACCUUAUCAUGGUUGGCGUAGGUUCAUACAUCCUUUAUUCUCAGGUCAGAGCUGCAUUUUUUGCACCGCUCGUACUAGCUCUCGCAAGUGUCGCUGCCUCGACCGUCCUGGGAAAGCUCACCACUCAAAGCCAACGGAGCUGGCUUGAAGCCACUCAAUCGCGCAUCCGGCAAGUCUCAGAAGAUAUAACUGCGCUCAGAAGCAUUCGUCAAGCAGGCUUGGAGCCUAUCUUCUUACAGGAGACAACACGCCUUCGCAAAUUGGAAAUCGAAAAGGCUUCGGCGUACCGGCAGAACGAAAUCUUCUUUGUUAUGAUUUCCGAUUCGCUGGAUGGGUUCUCCUCCCUGUCCCUGUUUGGCUUGUUCAGUGCCUUCUAUGCCACCAACGCUGGCAAUGCCGCAGCGUUCACGUCGCUGUCCACUCUUUAUCUUAUGAUGAGUCCUCUAAUCACCGUCACCCAAGUCCUACCGCAACUCCUUGCCGGGUAUGUCAGCCUCAAAAGAAUUGCUGAAGAUGACUUGCCAAAUUCAGAAGUAGACCGUCAUUACCUCGAGGCUACUCGUUCAAGAACCGAAAAAGAGGAACUCGAGGACACCCUGGUGAUGAUCCUUUGGUCAAAUGCAUCAUUUAAGCACGGUGAACAGCUGAUUUUGGAAGAUGUUGAUCUGCGAAUCAAGCGAGGACAGAUCGUCCUGGUUUACGGGCCUUCGGAAAGCGGAAAAUCCACGCUAUUGAAGUCUUUGCUGUUCGAGACGAAUGCCGCUUCAGGCUCAGUAUCAAGGAGCUCGCAACAAGUGGCAUACUGUGCUCAAAAACCGUGGCUGUUGAACAUUUCCAUCCGCGAGAAUAUUCUCCUAGGAAAAUAUCUCGACCCAGACCGCUAUUCCCGUGUACUCGAAAUUUGCUGUCUCCAAGAAGACUUAGCUUUGCUUCCCAAGCGGGACAACACUUGCGUUGGCUUCAGAGGGUCACUUUUGAGUAGUGGACAGCGCAAAAGAGUCUCUCUUGCACGAGCAAUCUAUCAGGAUGCUGACUUGUUACUUCUCGACGACAUUUACUCUGGACUGGACACAGAGACGGCUUCAAAAAUCCGGAAGGCGUUGUUUGGAGAAGAGGGUUUUCUGCGGCAGCGCGAAAAGACGGUCUUGAUCACAUCUAAUGAUGACCAAGGAAACACUUCAUUCGACAUGGUAGUGCGCCUCGGAAAUGGAAGAGCCCGUGUAGAAACACUUCCACAAAUCAAUCAAGCAUCAUUGCAUGCACUCAACAACGAUACGUUCAAAUCCGAAACCGCCAGUACCCCUUCAUUACUACCGGAAACUCUCCGAUUGUCAAACUUAGAUCAGAGGGAUCCAGUCGUCGUAAAAAAUCACCAGAAGAAGCAACGGAAUCUGAGACCCUACAUCCAAGAUUUGGGGGUGGGAUUGGCAAUGAUAGUUGCUCUACUUCUCUUGCUCAAAGUUGCUUCCGAUCUGGGUCGAACACUCUGGAUCAAGCACUGGGCAGCAGACGCCGGGCACCGCAGUCCGGGAUACUACGUGACAGUAUAUGCCACGCUAGUCGUGGCCAAUCUGAUCAUGAUCGCUUCUGCCAUAAGCAUUUGGAUAUUGAUCAUGCAGCCGAAAGCGUCUAUGAGCCUACAUCAAAGCCUACUUAGAGCUGUCGAAAGGCAAAAAAUCUGGGUCAUCGAAGGGGUGUGUUCUAGCAUCCUCAAUAGGUUUGUUCAAGACAUGACGCUUGUGGACAUGGAGCUUCCACAGGCUCUGCUGAAUGCAAGUUUCGCCAUGUUAGCCGUGCUGGGUGACCUUAUUCUACUGGCGGCAGGCUCUCCGUACGUCCUCGCGGUCUUUCCGGUUCUUUGCAUUCUUCUGUGGUUGUUAGAGACAGUGUAUUUACGCGCCUCUCAACCACUCCGUCGAAUUCAGCUAGAGGCACAGGCUCCUAUCAUUGAUCAUUUCAAAGCUGUCACCGAGGAUUUGGUCUCGGUGAGAUGUUUCAAUUACGAAGGGCAAAGCUUGAAAAAACUUGACGAGAUCCAAGAGAUUGCGGUUCGGCCGGAAUAUCUCCUGCGCAGCCUCCAGUCAUGGAUGGUGCUGGUGCUAGACCUUAUGACUACCGGACUCGCGGCGGUCCUUGCUGGUGUCUUUGUGGCAUUACGCGCAAAUGAUCCGGGCUGGGUCGGGGUCGCUUUGACUGCAUUGAUCAAACUCGGGCAGGACAUAAAGCUUCUUGUGGUAUGGUGGACAACGCUUGAGCUCUCUUCUAAUGUGAUCUCGAGAACACAGAGCUUUGCAUCGCCCGUGCCUCCCGAGGGCGCACCUGCAGAACGACCAAUACCCUCUGACUGGCCUGCUGAGGGCAGGGUUAGCGUGAAAAAGCUGGUGUGCAUCCACGGGACUCAGUCCAGUUCCCCCAAGGCGCUGAUUGAUGUAUCUUUCGAUGUUGAGCCUGGCCAAAAGAUUAUGGUUCUCGGACGUACUGGGAGUGGAAAGAGUUCUCUGGCAGCUAGCUUUCUCUCACUUGUCAACAUCGUGAGCGGCUCGAUCGUAAUUGAUGGGAUCGAGAUUGCACGUGAGGAUCCGGAUAUAGUCCGUCAAAGGAUUAUUAGUGUGCCACAAAUGCCGCCCAGCCUUCAUUCAGCCAACGCCUGUACCUUGCUCGACCCGAAGCAUCAGCACAGCGCGUCAGUCAUUACCUCAGUGCUGGAGUCCUUCGGACUGUCCGACCUGGACCUCUCAAAGACCCUGCCAGAGCUGAACCUAUCAGAGAGCAAACAAAAGCUGUUUGGGCUAGCAGCCAGCGCUUUAAGACCCGGCAAAGUGGUCGUCAUUGAUGAAGCUACAGCCUCCGCCGAUGCGGAAGUGGAAGAAAGGAUCGUAAAUAUGAUCUUGUCUGGUCCGGCAUUCAGUGGACGGACCGUGAUCUUCAUCACUCAUAGUCUACACAGCAUUAAGCGAUUCGACAAGGUCGCCGUCAUCUCGGACGGCAGAUUACUCACCUACAAAAGUCCGUCAGACUUACAGGAUAAUGAAAUCUUUGGGUUGAGGGAGCUCUACAAGAGGGAUUGA